GGCGGCCCCGGGGCGCGGAGGCCGGGCCCGCUCCGGGAAGCGCUGCUCCCCGGGGAACAUUCCCGUCCGCCCCGCGGGGACAGCAGGGACCCGGGCAGCCGCGAUGGACUCCGGCAGCGAGACCCACGAGCUCAACGGGACGGCGGAGGGCGCGGAGUCGGCGGCCGAGGAGCGGCGCAGAUCGUGGCAGUGGUUCCAAAGGAACAGACCCAUCAACAUCAACCACUACGCCAACAAGAAGAGUGCAGCCGAGAGCAUGCUGGACAUCGCCCUGCUGAUGGCCAACGCCUCCCAGCUCAAAGCUGUCAUGGAGCAAGGGCCCUCCUUCUCCUUCUACGUCCCUCUGAUCAUUCUCAUCAGUCUGUCGCUCGCCCUGCAAAUUAUGGUGGGAGUGCUCCUGAUAUUCCUCGUAAAAUAUGACCUUAACAACCCUGCAAAACAUGGAAAGCUGAAUUUCCUCAACAACCUUGCAACUGGACUAGUAUUCAUUAUAGUAGUUGUGAAUAUUUUUAUCACUGCCUUUGGAGUGCAGAAGCCAGUUGCUGAGUCAGCGUCAAGACAGUAAGGACCAGAGACCUGUAGCACUCAUUUUAGAUGCCGUUUGCAGUUGAGCCAGCUACACUGGAUACAGCGGGGAAGGAAGAAUAAUUGGAAGAAGCUGGACACACCAAGCAGCUUUCUCAAGCUUCCAACAUACUUGUAUACCUGAAAUUUUCCCUUGUUUUAAUAUUUAAACUGUUUGGCAUCUAAGAAAAGGUUGGGUUUGCCCCAAGGAUGCUGUUUUUCUGGAAUAUUGGCAUUUCAGUUUCUGAAGAAAGUUUGUUUCAGAGAAGUGACCUAAACUCAUGAAACAAGGAAAUAUAAUCUGGUAGCACUUUAUAGGACUUUCCUUUUGACGUGCCUUUGGAUUUUGUGGUGAUUUGUUGUUUCCACCAUGAUAAGAAAUGUCAGGCCUUCGAUUCUGGCAUGGUCACAUUGUCCUUUAUUUCACAGCUUGGCACCAAGCCCAUGUACUCUGUAGCCCAGCAGGGCUCUUCCUCUGCAGCGUUGAAACGUAGCUGUGCCUUGUUUUUCUUUUUUUUUUUUUUUCCAAUCUAGCUAAUGCAAAGAUGAGACAAACAGAAACAAGCAGCAGGCUUUUGUCCAGUUCACAGGUAAUAAUUUGUAUUGUUUCUUCUGGGAAAAAAAAGAAAUUUCCUGUCCUUCAUGCACAAAAACAAAUAACCUAACUGUUAAUGGUUUCUUACCAUGAA